CCUUUUUCAAAGAAAAAACUGUUCAAAUAACGCAAUUGCGCUGUGCGUUUUGCACUGUUUAAUCUCCUCCUUCUGUUCGCCAUGGCCACCGCAGUGUACCUCAAUUCAGUGAGUUCGAAUCCUUUUCAAGCUACAAAAUGCAAAUACGCCGCUCAAUCUGUGAGAGCAGUUCCCAUACGUGUACUAUCAGUGGGGAAGAAGCGAUCACGGGAGCUCCAACUCAUGGUUGAUGAGUAUGCUGAAAAGAUCAAGUAUUAUUGCAGUUUUGAAGAUGUUCAAAUUCGACCAAACCCUAGAAAUGCACGUGAUCAACGUGCUCAGGUUGAUGACGAAGAUGCAGCAAUGAUGAACCAUAUAAGGUCUGAUGAUUGGGUUGUGAUGUUGGAUGAACGUGGACAAGACAUAAGAUCCGAGGAAAUGGCAGAGUUGAUUGGUAAUGCUGGAAAUACGGGUGCUUCAAGAUUAUCUUUUUGCAUCGGUGGGCCCUAUGGUCAUGGGAGAAAAAUGAGGGAACGUGCUAACAAAUCUAUCAAGCUGUCUUCAUUGGUCUUAAAUCAUCAAAUCGCACUGCUUGUGCUCAUGGAACAGCUCUACAGGUCAUGGACAAUUUUGAAAGGACAGAACUACCAUCACUAGAUAUCCCUGUAUCAUUUUGUUUAUCCUUCAUAUAUGUAUUUUGUGAUCUGUCCAAUUUUAUUGUGAAAUUUUUGUAUCUUCUUUAUCUGUUUUACGGAAUGUGCAUAUUUUGAAAGUUGCGUUGAAGGGUUUGUCUUCUUAUGAGCACUGAAAUUUCAUUAGCUGAGUGUGUAUGAAGUAAUGCUGAAAAGCCAUUUGUUACCCUAAC